ACACUCACCGUGUAUUGUUCGCUUCACCCGUUUCUCUAUGGAAUCCCAUUAGCCUACCAGCUGGUCUGUAUCGUAAUCCCGGGAACAGUGUCUGUCACUGUGGGUGCUUUGACUGAGAUUCCGGUUAGACCACCUAUAGGCCUAUAGACUCGUUUUAUUCCGUUGAAGAGGUCCGAAAAACGCAGCCAGCAAUAGACGACGGGGCAUGUUGCUACGCAGCUGAUAUCGACACAAUAAAUCGAUAAAUAGUGUGAAGGAGAAAGUGAGAUGUUGUUCACUCACUGACACAGAAAUCAACACAAGGAACUGUACUCUUUUACUAACAGCAUCUCGGAGUCUCAAGAGACAGGAAACCAGCGGCGGAUGUCAGGUGCGUACGGGCUGGGUGUUAGUGUGAUGGACCCCCAACAGUGUGAUGGAGGCCAUGUGUCAGAGGGCUGUGACUCACCUGGUAAUGGGGAUUCCUGGCCCCCACCUGCCAAACUGUCCCGCCUGGAGCUGAACGCUGGCGAGGGACCCCCAGGGCCACACCAGGGCAGGACGAGACAAGGGAGCCCAGGGGCCAGAGCCCCCACCCUGGCCCCCAAACCCAUGACACACGCAACACAACCCAAGAACUGGCAUAAGAGAGGGAGCCUGCUGCCUGUGCUGUGUGUGGUAGAGCACAGAGAGAGCCCGGUCUCGGCAGUGGAGGCUGAGAGGCGAGAGGAGCAUGCAGAGUUUGUACUGGUUAGGAGAGACCUGCUGUUUAACCAGCUGAUAGAGAUGGUUCUACUGGCCCUGGGCUACUCUCACAGCUCAGCAGCACAGGCAAAAGGUUUGAUCCAGGUGGGUAGGUGGAACCCUGUCCCUCUGUCCUGUGUGACUGAUGCUCCUGAUGCCACUGUGGCUGACAUGCUGCAGGACCUCUACCAUGUCACCACCCUCAAGAUCCAGCUCACCAGUUGUCCCAGGUUGGAGGAACUCCCUCCAGCACAGUGGAGUCACUCUACAGUGAGAAACGCCCUGAAGGAGCUACUGAGAGACAUGAACCAGAGCUCACUGGCCAAAGAGUGCCCUCUGUCCCAGAGUAUGAUCUCCUCCAUUGUGAACAGCACCUACUAUGCAAACGUGUCGGCCACCAAGUGCCACGAGUUUGGCCGCUGGUAUAAGCACUUCAGGAAGACCAAAGGCAUCAUGGAGAUUGAUAGCUUCUCUGACCAAUCUCAACCGGGCUCCACCCAUCUGACCUUUACUCAUCAACCAAUCCCAGGCAGCACAGCCGAACAGGCCGACUCCUCGCCCCUCCUCUUCCCUCACGGGGGAGCCGCCCACAUUUCUGGCCGUGGCUGUCUGGCCCCAAGUCUCUGCCCCACAGGGCUGGUGACCGCCCCCCUCAGCCCCCAGCUAGUCACCCCCCAACAGAUAGUCAUGGCCCAGUUCCUCAACCAGCAGUAUGCAGUUAGCCGUAUGCUAGCCCAGCAGAGCCUGUCUGUAUCUGUCUCCACCUCCCCCCAGCAGUUCCUCAACCACCCCCCUGUGGGGAGGCCUCCCCCCUCCCUGGCCCUAGCCAAGGCCCCCGACCCCCAGCCCCAGGCUGGACCACCAGGACCCGGGUCUGGGUCCCAGAGCCAGGUGUGUGGACCAUCAGACAUCUCAUGUGAGAUCUACCAGUGGGUGAGAGAGGAGCUGAAGAGAGCAGGUAUCUCCCAGGCUGUGUUCGCCCGCGUGGCCUUUAACAGGACCCAGGGCCUGCUGUCUGAGAUCCUGCGUAAGGAGGAGGAUCCUAAAAGUGCGUCUCAGUCUCUCCUGGUCAACCUGCGGUCCAUGCAGAGUUUCCUCCAGCUAACUGAGGGCGUCCGAGACCGCAUCUACCAGGAGGAGAGAGAGAGGAGUCUGACCGUGUCGACCACUAUCAACCAUUCACCCAACAACACUACCCCACCACGCCCCACACAGACCAGAAAGGAAGAGGGAAACUUUGUCAAGGCUGAAGAUUGGCACUCCCGGGUUUCCAUAGGCAUCCCUAUAGCGAGGCUGUCCCCAGUAGCAAUAGCAGUAAUAAACAGAGGGGUGAAGAGCGAGGGAUGUGUUCUAAAUAUCAACAGUUCUAUCUAUGAGGAGAUCCAACAGGAGAUGAAGAGAGCCAAGGUGUCUCAGGCCAUGUUCGCCAAGAUGGCCGCCUCCAAGAGUCAGGGCUGGCUGUGUGAGCUGCUGCGCUGGAAGGAGGAUCCGUCCCCGGAGAACCGGACCCUGUGGGAGAACCUAUGUAUGAUCAGGCGCUUCCUGAGUCUGGCCCAGACGGAACGAGAUGCCAUCUACGAACAGGAGAGCAACGCUCUGCAGCAACACUGUACAGACAGACUCACACAGCUAGUCAACGACAACACACUGCUCCAACACCACUCCCCGUUGCCACAGCAACACCAUCAACGACUCCUGACCCCUCUGUCCCAGCAGCCCUUGCAGCCCCAGGCGGGGCCUCGCCUGCCUCCACGGCAACCGUCCACAGCAUCACCAGCCGAGACUGAGGGGGGUGGGGGCCAACUGAGGACCUGGUUGGGGGGUAGUAAGGAUGAUGGGAGGGGAGAGGACAUUACUGGCCGGGGCAGUAGGAGUAGGGCUGGGGGUAGUAAUGACAAGGAGGGGGGUGAGGGAGGUUGGUCGGGGGCCAGACAGAGUAACGGGGAGGGCGUUGGUGGGUGUAAUGGUGAGGGGGGGGAGGGGUUGCGGGUGUCCCGGGAGGCGCAGGGGAUCCUGCAGAGCUUCAUCCAGGAAGUGGGUCUGAACCCAGACGAGGAGGCUGUCCACACCCUGUCAGCUCAGCUGGGCCUGCCCAAACACACCAUCCUCAGCUUCUUCCACUGCCACCCCCACAGCUACACUCACCAGUACCAUAGACAGGACUACAAUAAGCCUUCAUCUGUCGUGAGUCUAAGCUGA